ACUGCAAAUCUCGUCGCUCUAAAAAUUCAUAACCCAAGCAGUGUUGAGAAAACAUUUCCUUAACUGCCUUUCCAAUAACAAAAUUUAAGUCAUGGGGCUCUAUCAUCAAGCUGCCUUUGCAGUUGGGUUCUUACUGCUGCUUGUUAUGGUAGCAUCGCCACCGCCAACGUAUCAAACAAAGCCGGGUUGCCUAAACAGUUGCGGAAACGUUGGCAUCCCAUACCCAUUUGGGCUGCAAAAAGAUUGCUACUUUGAUGAUAGUUUCUUCAUAAGCUGUAAUGAUUCCAAUCUACCAGUUUUACCUGCAAACAACACAAGUGUGCUAGACAUAUCCAUUGAUGGGCAGCUCAGGGUUUUAUCCCCAAUAACCUCUGGAUGUUUAGGAUACCAAAAUUACACCCAAGUUAAAACAUUUAACUUCUCCCCUUUCGUAGUUUCAAAUACCACAAACAAAUUUACCGUGGUGGGGUGCGACUCUUUUGCAGUACUUGCGGCAUCUGAUUAUCAGACUGCUUCUUGCUACGGGCUGUGUGACAACAUUACUCAGUUGACAAAUGGCUCUUGCUCGGGCAAAGGUUGUUGCCAAUCAUCCAUCCCUAACGGCGUCAAAGAUUUUCUGAUUGUGACAAGCAGCGUAUUUAAUCACACAUUUGUAUCCGAUUUCAAUCGAUGUACCUAUGCUUUCGUUGCAGAAGAGGGUACGUAUAACUUCUCUUCUUUGGAUCUGUUGAAUCUGCAAAGAGAAUUCCCUCUGGUUCUUGAGUGGAGUAUUGGGAAUGCUACAUGUGAGGAAGCUCAGCAAAAUAGGGAAACUUAUGCAUGUAAGGAGGAUAGUGAGUGCUAUGAAACUGAUAAUGUCGGUGGAUAUCGUUGCAACUGUUCGUCGGGUUACCGUGGAAACCCCUAUCUGUCAGAUGGUUGUCAAGAUAUUAAUGAAUGCGAGUAUCCUGAACUUAAUCAAUGCAUUGAAAAGAAUUCUUGCCGGAACACAGAAGGAAAUUACACAUGUUCUUGCCCGAAGGGUAGUCACGGGGAUGGUAGAAAAGAUGGACAACGUUGCACCGCCACUCGAAAUCGAUUACCACUAAUGAUCAUUUUAGGAAUCAUCAUAGGCCUUCUGAUUCUGUUCUUGGUAAUUUCUUGGCUAUAUUUUGGAUUCAGAAAAAGAAGAGUUAUUAAACUCCGAGAAAAAUACUUCAAGGAAAAUGGUGGCUAUUUAUUGCAACAAAAGUUCUCUGAUCAAGAAGGAAACUCCAUCAAACCAGCCCAAAUACUUACUGAAAAGGAGCUCAAAAAGGCAACAAAUAACUUCCAUGAAAGUCGAAUCCUAGGUAAAGGGGGACAAGGGACAGUGUACAAAGGAACGCUACCAGAUAUUCAGACAGUUGCUAUUAAGAAGGCGAAAAAAGGGGAUGAGACCCAAGUUGAAGGAUUCAUCAAUGAAGUGACUAUCCUCUCUCAAAUCAACCACAGAAAUGUGGUAAGACUCUUGGGUUGUUGCUUAGAGACUCCAGUUCCAUUGCUGGUAUAUGAAUUUGUGACAAAUGGCACUCUUUUUGAUCAUAUACACAAUGUAGACAAGUUAAUUCCAUGGGAAACUCGUUUAAAGAUAGCGACAGAAGUUGCAGAUGCUCUUUCCUACAUGCACUCUGCUGCUUCUAUUCCCAUCAUUCAUCGUGACAUCAAGUCUGCGAAUAUACUUUUAGAUGACAAAUAUACUGCAAAGGUAUCUGAUUUUGGAGCUUCAAAGUUAAUCCCUUUAGACAAAUCAGAGUUGACCACGCUUGUGCAAGGCACUCUGGGAUACUUGGAUCCUGAGUACAUGCAAACGAGCCAAUUGACAGAGAAGAGUGAUGUUUAUAGCUUUGGUGUUGUUCUUGUGGAGUUAUUAACAAGAAAAAGGGCGAUUUCUUUCACGAGACUAGAAGAGGAGAGGAAUUUAGCUUUGCAUUUUGUUACUUCACUUCAAAAGAAUCAGUUGUUUGAAAUUAUUGAUCAUCAGUUACAGACUAACAAAAAUACUGAGCAGCUAAAGGCAGUGGCGAUGUUAGCUAAGAGUUGUCUAAGUGUAAAGGGAGAGGAACGACCCACAAUGAAGGAAGUAGCAAUUGAAUUACAGGGUUUGUGUUCAAUUGAGAAACAUCUGUGGGGGAAGGAUAAUUUGUGUGCACAGGAAUAUGAAAGCUUGCUUGGAAAACCGUUUGACGAUUCUGCUAAUGGUAGCACUAGCCUAACAAUUAAGGAAAAUAGUAUAGAGAAAUCCGUUACAUUUGAAAUUGAAACUGGGCGUUGAUUAAUCAUUUUAGUGGAUUUUCAUGUUUGUUUUUCACUUUUUGCUUUCAUAUUUGAAACAAAUGCCAACAGAUGUGUGAAUGAUAUGUAAUUGAUUUUCAGUUUUUGCUUUC